CUUCAGCAUUUGCCACCACAAAUGGGUAUGGACACUUUGAGAGCCCACCACGUACAUUAUUGCGUAGUGAUAAUCUAAUGUGAGUUACAGAGAGAGCACUGAAUCAAUUUUCCCAGGAAAAAACAAGCAUGAGCGCCAAUGGUGUGGUGUCGUGUGAUAGAGGGCGAUGAAACCUGUUCACCACGACACGAUAAAGACCUCUUUACCUCAGAUGACUCUCCCCAAUUCACCAACAUACUACACAAAACACAAACCCUAGAAAUUUUCUCUUGAAUAAUCCUCAACCAUGGAUCAACUCAAUCACGAGUCCUUUUGCCAAUCCAUUCAACCCCCAAACCCUUCCGUCACUGAGUUUCUAGCAUCUCCUCCAAUUCCUCUCGCUCCUUCCAUUCGAUGCCAUUCUGAUUCGAGGCCAGAAACAGAACUCAAGGACAGUGUUGCUGCAAGAAAAGUUCAGAAGGCUGACCGUGAGAAAUUGAGGAGGGAUCGUCUAAACGAGCAGUUUUUGGAGUUGGGAAAAGUGCUAGAUCCUGAUAGACCCAAAAAUGACAAAGGAUCCAUUCUCACUGAUACCAUCCAAAUGGCGAAGGAUUUGACUGAUCAAGUCAACAGACUGAAAGCUGAGUAUUCUACACUGACCGAAGAAUCUCGUGAGCAGUUGACUCAGGAAAAGAAUGAUCUCAGAGAAGAAAAGGCAUCUCUUAAAUCUGAUAUCGAGAACCUCAAUGCUCAGUAUCAGCAGAGACUCAGGGCUACGUUUCCGUGGGCAGCUAUUGACCAUUCAGUUGUCAUGCACCCUCCUUCAUAUCCCAUGCCAGUUCCAAUGCCAGUGCCAAUAGCUCCUGGGUCAAUUCCUAUGCAUCCAUCAUUGCAGCCGUACCCCUUCUUUGGGAAUCAAAAUCAUGGUGUUAUUCCUAACCCCUGUUCAACUUUUGUUCCAUAUGUGACUCCUAAUACCAUGAUUGAACAACAAACCACCCAGUAUGUAUCUCCAGCCAUGCAGCCAGGUACUAGGUCACAUAUUUCGAGCAAACAAGAUUCAAGAACCAAGCCAUCUGAUCAUCAAGGGGAAAGCAAGAUCGAAAAAGGUGAGGCCUCUAAUGAUGUUACAACAGACCUGGAGCUCAAGACACCUGGAUCUACAGCAGAUGAGGGUUCUAAAUGUGGACAAAGAAAAUCUAAGAAAUCACUGAGGAAGGAAAACAACCUCACAGAUGGGAGCUCCUCGAGUAGGUGUUCGUCAUCUCGUAGCAUACAGGAUAGCUCAUCAAAUAGUGUAGUUGGUGGUGGGAAAGCUGAUGACGACUAAAGAAAGGAUAAAUGAGAAAAUCCCCAUUUUCUGCAUCUUUUUGGUCAUCUACUGUUGCUAGCAUCUCAAGUAGCAUUUCCCGUGAUUUUGGUCUACCUCUGAGGUGAAACACUAUAUUACGGUGACAGAAUACUUGAGCUGUAUGUGACUAUGAAAUUAGUUAUUUGUCAGGCAACGAGUGAUUAGGCUGUGAGGUUAGCAGCUGGGGUAUAUGCUUCAUCAUCUUCUUUUUCAGGUGGAGAAAUGCUUGUAGUUGUGUUAGGUGGUCCUCUAAAUUCAAAAUGAUUAGUUGCAAGGAAGUAAGGUUAGGAGGGUUAGUUUUAUCUUUGUAUGUAAUGACAUUAGUUGAUGGUACGGUGAAACUAGGACCCUGUGUCACAUAGAAGACCGAGCUUUACUCUUUUUUUGUUGUGAGGUUGGUAUCUCUUUGACUAGUAGAUAUAUUGAGUAGACAUGUGAGAAUAACUAAAGCAUUCAUGCAUUUUUGAUCUUGCUGAAAAUGCAUGUUCAACAACAAUAGGAUGUGGUUUGGUGAUUGAUGCUUAGGUUUUGUGACAUUCUCAUUCUCAUUCCGAAGAA